AGGGGGAGAGUGGUGGGAGUGCCAAGUGGGCGCGUGCGCAGUGAGGUGGCUGGGGGGUUGGCCUGGCAAGGGAAGCCGCUGGGAGUGGGAGCGCGAGGCAGGUGAGGCGCAACUCCUGGGCUGACCCCCUCACCCCCGCUGCUGCCAAAGACCCCAGCCAGCAGCGCCAUGUCUGGGCCGGGAAGCAAGCGGGCAGCUGGGGAUGGGGGAUCAGGGCCUCCUGAGAAGAAAGCCAACCGGGAGGAGAAGACGACCACUACCUUGAUCGAACCCAUCCGCCUGGGGGGCAUCUCCUCCACGGAGGAGAUGGACCUGAAGGUGCUGCAGUUCAAGAACAAGAAGCUGGCGGAGCGGCUGGAGCAGCGCCAGGCCUUUGAGGACGAGCUGCGCGAGCGCAUUGAGAAGCUGGAGAAGCGCCAGGCCACAGAUGAUGCCACCCUGCUCAUUGUCAACCGUUACUGGAGCCAGCUGGAUGAAAAUGUGCAGGUCCUGCUGAGAGGCUAUGAUGGGGACUGCGAGCCCCAACCCCCUGCAACCCCUUCUCCCCUUUCUGCAGAGGAACCCAGGCCAGAGCCAGUGGGACAAGACCCUGAGAACACAGCUAGCCCUGGUAUCGAGGGCCCAGAUAGGACAGAAACAGCCCCACCUAUUGUGGCCCCGUCUACCUCCUGGAAGGCUGGGGGACUGCUGCUGAAUGAGCCGGCCCUGUCAUUCCUGGCCACACUGGCCAGCAGCAGCAGCGAGGAGAUUGAGCUGCAGCUGCAGGAGCGCAUGGAAUUCUCUAAGGCCGCCGUGUCCCGUGUGGUCGAAGUCUCCAACAAGAUCCACCGGCGCACGGAGGAGCUGUGCCAGAAGAUCCACGCCCGUGGUGAGACGAAUGCCAGGGUUCCAUCCUGGCCGUGGGAGCGGAGUGAGAUCUGGGGGUUAGAGUUGGGGUGCUGGGAGUCAGGACUCCUGGAUUCUCAGAGGUGUGACUCCUUUUCAGCUGACUUGGACCAGCUGGAUGAGGCACUGAAGUCCUUGAACAAAGAGCUGAUGAGAGAGAAUCAGCGGCUGCAGGACUUAGCGAUGCAGCUGCAGGAGAAACACCACAAGAUCUCGCUGGAGUACACAGAGCUGCAGGACAAGGUGACAUCGUCUGAGACCAAGGUGCUGGAGAUGGAGACAACGGUGGAGGAUCUGCAGUGGGACAUCGAGAAGCUGCGCAAGCGUGAGCAGAAGCUCAACAAACACCUAGCUGAGGCGCUGGAGCAGCUGAACUCCGGUUACUACGUGUCUGGCAGUUCUGGGGGCUUCCAGGGCGGACAGAUCACGCUCAGUAUGCAGAAGUUCGAGAUGCUGAACGCGGAGCUGGAGGAGAACCAGGAGCUGGCCAACAGCCGCAUGGCUGAGCUGGAGAAGCUGCAGCAGGAGCUACAACAGGCUGUCAGGACCAAUGAGAAGCUCAAGGUGGCGCUGCGGUCGCUGCCCGAGGAGGCGGUGAAGGAGACCCUGGACUACAAGGUGCUGCAGUCACAAUUCUCGCUGCUCUACAACGAGAGCCUGCAGGUGAAGACACAGCUGGACGAGGCGCGCGCCCUGCUGCUCACCACCAAGAACAGCCACCUGCGCCACAUUGAGCACAUGGAGAGCGACGAGCUGAACCUGCAGAAGAAGCUGCGCACGGAGGUGAUCCAGCUGGAGGACACGCUGGCCCAGGUGCGCAAGGAAUACGAGAUGCUGCGCAUCGAGUUCGAGCAGAACCUGGCCGCCAAUGAGCAAGCAGGUCCCAUUAACCGGGAGAUGCGCCACCUGAUUAGCAGCCUCCAGAACCACAACCAUCAGCUGAAAGGAGACGUGCAGCGAUACAAGCGCAAGCUGCGUGAGGUGCAGGCUGAGAUCAACAAGAUCCGGAUGCAAUCGAGCGGAUUCCCCUGCGGCUCAGCUGUUCUGCCCCCUGCACCUGGGCCAGAGGAGCCUGUGGGCGUGGCCCCGGCCGUGGUGGUGAAGGAGGAGGAGGGGGGCGCGCCUGCCCUAGAGGUGAAGAAGGAGCCGAAGGAGGCAGUGGUGGCUGUGGUGAAGAAGGAGGAGGUAGCGCCUCUGCCCGAAGGGGGGGUGAAGGAGGAGGAGGAGCCACUCCCACCAGCUCCCCAGCCGCCCCCCGCGCCUCGCAUCAAGGAGCCCCCGGAGCGCCCCAAGGGGAGCCGCGGGGGGGACCGGGAGCGCUCGCGGGACCGCGACAGGGACGGCUCGGCUCGCGAGCGUGACCGGCAGAAGAGCAGCGAUGACCCCAAGAAGAAGGACUCAGACCUGCUCAAACAGCUGCGCAUUGAGCUCAAGAAGGCCCAGGAGAGCCAGAAGGAGAUGAAACUGCUGCUGGACAUGUACAAAUCAGCCCCCAAGGAACAGCGGGACAAGGUGCAGCUCAUGGCUGCCGAGAAGAAGACCAAGGCCGAGGUGGAGGAGCUGCGAGGACGGGUGCGAGAGCUGGAGGAGAAGGAGAAGAAGGAGAGUAAGAAGAUGGCGGACGAGGAUGCCCUGCGCAAGAUCAAGCUGGCGGAGGAGCAGAUUGAGCACCUGCAGAAGAAACUGGCUGCCACCAAGCAGGAGGAGGAGGCCUUGCUGUCGGAGAUGGACGUGACGGGCCAGGCCUUCGAGGACAUGCAGGAGCAGAACAUGCGUCUCAUGCAGCAGCUGCGUGAGAAGGACGAUGCCAACUUCAAGCUCAUGUCCGAGCGGAUCAAGUCCAACCAGAUCCACAAGCUGCUGCGUGAGGAGAAGGACGAGCUGGCAGAUCAGGUGCUGGCCCUCAAGUCACAGGUGGACGCCCAGCUGCUGGUGGUGCAGAAGCUAGAGGAGAAGGAGCGGGUGCUGCAGGGGAACCUGGGCACAGUGGAGAAGGAGCUGACCCUUCGUAGCCAGGCCCUCGAGCUCAACAAGAGGAAGGCAGUGGAAGCGGCCCAGCUGGCCGAGGACCUGAAGGUGCAGCAGGAGCACGUGCAGUGCAAGCUGAAGGAGAUCCAGGCCUGCAUGGCCGAGAACCGCGCUGCCAAGGAGAAGGAGUCCUUCAACCUCAAGAGGGCCCAGGAGGACAUCUCCCGGCUGCGGCGCAAGCUGGAGAAGCAGAAGAAGGUGGAGGUGUACGCGGACGCUGACGAGAUACUGCAGGAGGAGAUCAAGGAGUACAAGGCCAAGCUGACCUGUCCCUGCUGCAACACACGCAAGAAGGACGCGGUGCUCACCAAGUGCUUCCACGUCUUCUGCUUUGACUGCGUCAAGACACGCUACGACACACGGCAGCGCAAGUGCCCCAAGUGCAACGCUGCCUUCGGCGCCAACGACUUCCACCGAAUCUACAUCAGCUGAGCGCCUGCAGUCCCUCUUCCCACCCCCUCCCCUAGCCCUCCGUUCCGCAGGUCCCCCCUCCAGGAUCCACAUGGCCGUCCCCUCCCUCCUGCCCUCUGCAAGCCGCUCAGCAGGUGCUGCCAGGAUUCACUUGACCCAUCCAUGUAGAUCCCACCCAAGUGAUGCCUGAUCCCCUGAGGAUCUGCUCCUUGCAGCUCUCUGGAUCCUCCCCCACUCUGGGUUCUGCCGGGGUCUGCUCCCCUGGGGCUGGUCUCCUUCUGCUAAUAUUUGAACCUCGGUGAGAGCCCUGUUGUGCCGAGAGGAUGCCCUUGGGGGUGAAGGGUCUCAAGGCAGCAGCUGACUGCGUGGGGGGCCGGGGACUGUUCAUUCUAUUUGGAUUUUAUUUUAUUUUUAAAUACUAUGUUUGGUUAUGUGGGAAAUAAAAAUUGGAGAGUCCCACCGGGGCCAGAUCCUCCA